CUACGAGCCAAUCCGAGGUGAGAUAUUCAGACUCGCCGACCAAUCACUACCGCUAGCCCUGGCAGCCAUUUUUAAACCCCCUUACUUUGAAAAGGCCACAACCUGGGACGACUGGCAAGGUGGUGGCUGGCUCUUUAAAUAUGCUCUGAGGAAUGCUAUCUAUCCCUGAAUGUUGAAAAUUAUGGGUCCUAAACUAGAGGAGUUUGAGGUGCUAUCAACAAUUGGUAGUGGGGCUCAUGGAACAGUGCGGAAAGUGAGACAUCUAGAUGGACAAGUCCUUGUAUGGAAGGAGCUCAAUUAUGGUGCCAUGAGUGAAUCUGAGAAGCAGGGGUUAGUACUGGAGGUGAAUCUUUUGAGAGAAUUGAGACACCCCAAUAUAGUGAAGUUCUUGCAUCACAUAGUUGAUAGGCGUUCUACCACACUCUACAUCUUGAUGGAAUAUUGCCCCGGUGGUGACCUGAAACAUCUUAUAUCAAAGUGCCGCCAGACCUCAACCUUUCUAGAGGAGGGCUUCAUCUGGAGGGUGCUCAAACAAAUCUGCGAAGCCUUGAAGGUUUGUCAUACGAGACAGCUGAGAGGAGGACGAAUCAUCCUCCACAGAGACAUCAAACCGGCUAAUGUAUUCCUGGAUGCAGAUGGCGAAGUCAAAUUGGGGGACUUUGGCUUGGCCAGAACUCUGAACUCAGAGGCCAGCUUUGCUACUACUUUUGUUGGAACUCCCUAUUAUAUGAGCCCUGAAGUAAUAGAAGGACAAGAUUACAAUGAAAAGUCGGACAUGUGGUCACUGGGCUGUCUGAUAUAUGAGCUGUGUGCGCUGCACCCUCCCUUCCAGGCCACCACACACAAGCAGCUGGCUUCCAAAAUCAGAGAAGCAAGAUAUGAACGCAUUCCCAUGCAAUACAGCAGUGCAUUACAAGAGGUUUUGGGUCUUUUGCUGACUUAUGAGGACUUCUUGCGUCCUACCGCUCACCUGGUUCUCCAUCACUCCGCUCUUGUAGCUCGUACUACCUCGGAUAAGGAUCGACAGGAAGAUGACUCUCUCUAUCAUUCUCUGAGUCACACAGUUCUCUUGAGUGCGGCUAACCCACCAAGGAAACUAGAUGUUGUGGAGGAUGCAGAUGAUUCAAAGGAUAAAAGAAGCUUUGAGACACGAGCAAGCAAAAAGGUGGAGGAAGAUGGAAAAAAGGAAAAUGCAGAUGAGUUAUUGAAAGAGUCAGACCCAGCCAUAGAGAGAGAUUCCUCCAACAAUAGCAGGAAACUUAACAAAAUAGAUGUAUUUUGUAGAGAUGAAGCUCAAGCUAAUCAUACCAAAUCUGACACAUAUUCCAUGAAAGAAACUUACAGAAUUUCGAAAAGAGACGACUUAAGAAGCUUUAGUGAUGCGGAGGAGCACAAAUUCUCUGGCUGUCAGGAUAAACUAGUCCCUAAUGAGAAGGAAAAUGAAGUCGCUUCCAUAACUACGUAUCUACCUCAAGAAAAAAAAAUAAAACUACCUCAGAAAAGAGAUCACACAGAACCUUUAGGAAACACCAUAGAUAAAAUCUGUAAUGCUGCUAGAAAUGUGGGGCCUGUUCCUGAAAGAGGAAGUAUUGAUAUAAACUUGGCCAAACUGGCAUGUGCUUGUGGGGGUAUGUCACCAAAAUCAUGGAGAGAGCGAAUUUUAACACUUCGGGAAUCUGAGUUAACAGUAAGGGAGCGUGAGGUGGCUCUACAAGAAAGAGAACGUGAUGUAACUCAUCGAGAGCACCGAGUGGCAGCUAUGGAAAAAGAAGCACGUCAGCAUUUAGUGAGAGCCCAGAUUUACCUGAGACAGUCAAGACCUCGGCAAAAUGCUGCAACAUCCCCCCACAGGCCCACUUCUGACCUGGAUACCACAGUGAGUGCUGACCCUGGUGAUGGUUUGACCACCACAACAAAGCUAGAUCCGCAACGCAUCAGUAAUCCAUUUCUCAAAAUGAGAGGCAUACAACCACCACCUGAGAAACGAGUGUCCUUCAAGGAAAAGCCCACUAAAUUUAAGAGCAACACACUUGAUAACCCAAAGAGUCGACUGAAGAGAGGUAACAUUUUUCGUUUAGCAGAACGCUCUUCAGAGUCAAAGAAAGAAUCGAAAGAUAAGGUGCAAAACGAAACUAACUGUAGAGUCCCCCUCAAAGCAACAACUAGCAAUGUCAGUAGUGUUCAACACCAAGGACAGGAAAAAACUGGAGAAUCUCCCCUGCAGUCUGCUCCACUCUCAAACCUGCUGCAAUGCACACAGGAAACUGUAAGUAUGGCAAAACCUGGUCUUGCUUAUGUUCUUAGAGAGCGACCCAGAAGUACUGAAAACCUAAGCAAGAAGUCAUGUGAAGCAGGGUUGGACAAAGAAAACGUAGGCCAAACCAUGAAGUCUAAGAAAGUUCCUGAAAUUAAACGUGGAUUGUGGAGCAGAAGGUCAGAAAGUAAGUUCAUUGAUCGAGCCAGCCGACAUGAGCGUAACCCAGUCAGAUCACAAGAGCAUGUAAUACAGUAUUAUAAUGUUGUGUGAUAUUUAGUUCUGAGUCUGUUAAUAUAUUAAGUCUUUACUUUGGUAACAUUUAAUUCUUAGCCUGUUAAUAAUGUGAUAUCAACAAAAUUCAAGUCAUCUUAGCUUUAAGUUUUACUUUGCAAAUAUUCUGAAUGAAGGUUUGUAUCCACAUACCCGAAUGUAAAGUGUGUACAGUAGUACAAUAUAACAAUCCCAGUGCUCAAGCAAGAUAUGAAUGGAAGAUGCGUGUAAACUGUGAAUGUUUAAGACUUCAUAUGUAGCUGGUUUUUCUACUUAUAAUGAGACAUUUCAUAAUGCAAUGUGAUCGGAAGAAAUGUUUUAAAAGCGGUGUCAGGAUGUCUCAUUGUGUCUUUCUACCAUUGAACAAUUUUCCCCUUUCAAUUAUUAUCCUUCAUAAAUACCUUUACCCAUCGAGCAUGUAAGAUAAAACACUUGUUCUGUCAUGUAUUAUCACAAAUUUCAGUUGCUUUGUGAGGACUGAGUAAUAGUCAGGAACUGAAUGAAGGUGUGUGAAGUGAGAGAGCUUCACAAGAUGAUGCGUUGACUGAAGUAUUUUGCAUGGCGAUAUAUUGCUAUACAGCCCAAUUAAUUUUUUUUUAUUACUGAAUGUUGGACAAUAUAGAACAUAAAGAUGCUAUGAGUAGCUCAGGCCAGCUCGACAAAAUAUUAAAAUACUGUUGUCUUGAGUUACACCAGGUAUUUUUGUUUUAUAUAUAGUCUUGAAUUGGUUUAAUAAUUUAAGGACAUUAAUGGAAGAGGUUCAGAGAUUUGAGUGCAAGAGAGUCCUGGAUCAUUGGGUCAGUGGGAAAGUUUAGACUUUAACCAGUAAAGAGUAAUAGAUUUGGUUAGAUUUUUGAAGUUCUCUUUCACCUGUAUAUUAUAAAACUGGUAAACAUACCAUCCUUUAUCACACUUAUUUCAUGACUCGAUCUGAGAAUAUAUUUUAAGGUCAGUAAUUCAACCUGGGAGGCUCCCUCAAUACAUACAUGGAGGGUAGCCAUUUUCAGAAGAUUUAGGUAUUCCGUUGGGAGAUACAUAAUUUAGAUGUCUUUAAUUUUCAGUGGCUGUAGUGUGGCGAACACUGUUGCGUAUCAGCUUAGAAGUUUGAAGACUUAUAUGGUUGUGCAACGAACAUCCCCAAUGUUAUUGGGUCAUGGCAGAUUUUAUAGAAAAAAAACAUCUGGCAACACCAGGCAUUAUAUCUCGAGUGUAGCUACUCCAAAAAUUUCUAUACUAAUGCCAGGGACAAAUCCCUGUAGUCUCAGUUAUGAUGCACUAGGAAUUAAUUAAAUUAGAUGAAAUUAGGCCCUUUUUUUAAUUUUUAGUGAGAAUGGUGAAAAGUGUUUAACAUUCAGAGUAUGAAUUUUUUAGAACUAUACCAUAUAAUGUCUUGAGUAAAUUUUCAGUGACAUUUGUAAAGUUUUAAAUACUCUGUAAUUGUCAUAAUAAGUUGCAAUUAACCUCCGGGUAUUCUCAGAAUUUUCCUUACAGAAUUUCAUAAGUUAUUCAUAAUUCAAUCUAUAGCCCAGACUGAUUUUUAGUCAAAGUAUACAUCAAUGUUUACAACUCUUCUAAAUAAUGUCUUGAAUUUUUACAUAUACAUUACACAUUUACAUGUGUAACCUACCUACCACCACAAUCAUUUCUGUAUCCUCUGAAUCCAUUCGCAUGUUUUAAUUUUCUUUUAAAACAGUUUUUAAUUCUUUAGUGAUACAGGUGCCCCAGUAUUAAUUACAGUAUCCAUUAAAGUUUACGCACAUACCAAAGUUUUUAAAAAUAAUCUGACGACUUCAAAAGUGAUAACUAUUUAAAUUAUCCUUGAUGUGCUGCUCGGCAGUAUACUGAUGUUGCUGCAGUGUUUUCCUGGCUUGGUGCCUUCUUUUGAUAAUUACUUAGCAGUAUAAUAGGGAUCUACAGUGCUUAUGCUGAAAUGUGCACAAGACAAUGAGUGUUUGAAGUGAUAUGAAUGUUAUUUUAGAAUGUACAGAACACAAUAUUGUAUAUAUAUAUAUAUAAUAAAAAUAUUUUACUCCAUACAAA